AUGGUGGUCCCCACCCAGCCGGCCAGGCGCCUCCAGCCUCGGAAAUCCAGCUUUCCGGGGGACGGGGACGAGGCUCCCGGCCCGGGCGGGGGCGACGGGGCAGCGGCUGGCGGCGGCGGCGGGGGUCUCGGCGGCGGGGGGCGCUCGGCUCAGCGGCGCGCAGGGGCCGGGGCGCGGCGUCCCAUCGGGGCGGCCCCGUCCGUGGGACCGGGCGGCGAGCUGCAGGGUUGGGGGAGGAAGUCAGGCUGCAGGCCGCCGGGGCCAGAGGGCUGGGCCGGGGGCAGGAAGCUGCGGCGCUGGCUCCCCCCUCGGCGAUUUUCGAACUUCUGCUGUCGCUCCCCGUGCGCGCAAACCGCAGUUCGCCGCCGCCGCCGCCGGGCACCCAGCCCCAGGGGGGCGGGCUGGAGGGAGGGGGCGGGCGCCGGGUGCCGGCCGGGGGACCCCCGCAACCAUGGCGGGCGGGGAGUGGGCUGCCGAGCCGCUUCACCUGCCGCAGAGGGGGCGGCCGGCGCCGCUUCACCUGCCGGAGCAGGAGGCCACCGAGGCGAGGCCGAGGCGGCGGCGCGCUCGGCGGCGCCUCCGGGUCCUAGAACCGCAUCCUCCCGCUCGCCUCGGGCGAGGGAUUGGCCGGGUCUGGGUGAAGGGGGUCACGGCCUGGGGAUCGGAGGGGCACAUCUCCUCCGCACCGAGGAUCUCAACGACUGCGAGCACGGCUCGGACACCCACGGUGGUGCAGCGUUGGCGCGCCAGGGCUGCGUUCCCGUCUCGGGUCCCGAACUGAGAAGAAAUACUUCCAGAGCUCUUUCAUUCAUCCGGACAAUGGCCAGAGAAGCAUCCUCCUCCUUCUGCCCUCACAUUCAGAGCCACUGACGAGACUAAGCAAGAGACGGAAAGUUAACAUCUAAUCUGGAGGAAGACCCUGGAAGGAGCCAGCCCCUUCCCCCAGGUUGACCUGGUUUAAGCCUUUCUUCUGCCAAGGUCACCAGCACCCCAGAUGGGUGAGAGAUGUGAUCACUGGUUUCGUGGCCUGACCAAGGACCUCCAAGGUGAGUCAAAGCAGGAUUCUCCUUGGGCAUGCAGGGAAAAUGAUCCAUUCCCUGCACACUGCCAUAUUCUCCCUCUCAGACAAACCAGAGCCUUGCCCUUGGGUCCUUGCCCUUCAGAUUAGCUAGGACCUCCUCCUCUUCUUCUCCUUCUUUCUUCUUUCUUCUUCUUCUUGU